AUGAACAAGCUUUUCUCCCGUCGCUCUAGCAAGAAUGAGCCGCAGCCUGGAGUUGGCAACGGAGCAACUUUGAGCACUAGCUUCUUCUCGCUUCCAGCUGAGCUUAGGAACACGAUAUACACCCUGGCGGCUCAGGACCUUCCCCUUACCAUUGUCAGGCACUCGCCAGGACUUCCAAGAUCUAUCCCUGGCCUCCUUCUGGCUUCGCGAAGAUGUCGCAUGGAGUUCCUUCCUAUUCUACUGUCAUGUUGUGCAAUGACAGUCAAGGUUGCGGAUUGCAACUUCUCGAAUGUAUUGCGUGUUAUCGGCGGUCUAUACAGCAGGGAACUGAAAGCAUUGAGGAUGAAUAAGAACAUCACCAUUGUCCUCGAUGCAUCAGGAAGAAGCACAGAGCGAGAAUUGAGGACCAAUUUGAGAUCUUGGGUCAAGCACAAGGCACGAAAUCUCGAUCAACUUCCAUGGCGAUAUCGAGCCGAAGCAUGUGUCCCAGAGUGUGGACGAACUCUUGAAUGUGGACAUGCUAGACUGCUUGUGGUGUUGCGAGAGGGAGCCAGAUCCAACGAAGAAGCUCUGGCUUGGGAAGUACGAAUCAUGCUAGAGGGUAUUGACGAUACGUGGAGUGAUCGCAUCAAUCCUGUUAUUUCGUCCAAGAUGGAUCGUUUCUUGAAGACUGGCAGCAGAAUCAGGAGGGCUGGAUCUAAAUGA